AAAACCGAUGGAAGAAAGAUUACUAGUUUCUCUCUCUUUCAGCCUUCACUUUUCUCUUAACAAUCUCUCAUUCUCUGAAAUAGAUGAAGCAUAGAUAGAUAGAUAUAUGUGCUGGUCUUUAAUGUCCAACAACCUCCAUUGGUGUCACCCUCCUCACCUUCUUCUUAAAACACUCACUUUCACUCAAUUGACUAUGCUAGCUGUUGCUCUCUGCGCCAUUGGGUUUUGUCACAUUUAACCCUCCAUUCUUGUUCUUAUGUGUUUCACAGAUAAGAAUGUCAUCUUCUUCUUGCUUGGGAGAUUGAGUAUUUCAUCUACAUUUUCAAUCUUAAGUCAAGUUUGUUGCUUUUAGCUCACAGAUCUCUCUUCCCACUCGUCACCCACCUUUCUGUUCUUCUUCCCCUUUUUCCAUUGUUGUCCUUCUGCAAUUGAAAGAGGAUACCAUCAUGAGUAAAGAAGAGUUCUUGAAAGCUCAGACCUGUGUUCUAAAAGUGAAUAUACAUUGUGAUGGGUGCAAGGACAAAGUGAAGAAGAUCUUACAGAAGAUUGAUGGGGUUUAUACAACCAAGAUAGAUGCAGAACAAGGUAAAGUGACGGUUUCAGGGAAUGUAGAGGCUGCAACACUAAUCAAGAAGCUAGCCAAGAAUGGAAAACAUGCUGAAAUAUGGGGGGGAGCCACAAAGCCAGCCAACAACAAUCUCAAUAACCAGUUAAAAAAUGUCCAAAUUGAACAAGCAAAAUCUGGAAAUGUUAACAAAGGAGGACAGAAAGGAAGUAAUCAGCCAAAAGGAGGAGCUCAGCAACAGCAGAAACAGCAAGGUCUGAAUCCACAGCAGCCAUUGCAACAGAAACAGCAAGGAAUGAUGAAUAUGAAUCCACAGUUGUUGCAACAGAUGAAAGGAUUCCAAGAUCUUAGCAAGUUGCCUCCCCAAGCAAAGGAUCUUGGUAAGAUGGGUUUGCCUAAUAAUCCUAAUCAGAUCAAGAAAACUGUGAAGUUUAAGCUCCCUGAGGAGGAUGAAUUGAGUGAUGAGUUUGAUGAAGAUGAAUUUGAUGAUGAGGAUGAUUAUGAUGAUGAUGAAUUGGAUGAUGAUACUGCUUAUCCGCCAUCUCAACAACAGGUCCCCAACAAAGGGAAACCUAAUUUCAUGGGUAAUGGUCAGGGAGGAGGAAAGCAGCAGCAAAUGGGUAACAUGAUGAUGAAUGUUCAGAACAAAGGCGGUGGUGGAGGUGGUAAUAAUGGCGGAAAUGCUAAGAAAGGCGCCGGUGGUGGCGGAGGAGGGAACGCUCCCGUUCAGAUGAAUGGUGGAAAGAAAGAUGGUGGUGGUGGGAAUGGUAACAAGAAUCAGAAUCAAGGUGGUGGUGGAGGCAAGAAUGGUGGUUGUGGCGGCGGCGGAUCAUUUGAUGGUAAAAAUGGUAAUAAUAACAUAAAUGGCAAUGGGUUUACCAAAUUGAGCAAUGGGUUUCCUCCAAACAUCAGUUCUGUUGGUGGUGGUGGCGGAAUGGGUCAAAUGAGUCAGAUGGGUCACAUGGGUGGUGGUGGAAUGCCAAUUUCCGGCGCCGCCCACGGCCUCCCGGCCAUGGCAGCAGGUCCUCCUGGUGGAUAUUUUGCUGGAAGCGGAGUAGAUGGUUCUUCGAUGGGUGGUGGUGGUGGUGGAAAUCAAUACUAUCAACAGCAGCAGCAGCAGCAGAUGGCGGCGAUGAUGAUGAACCAACAAAGAGCAAAUGGGAACGAGAGGUUUCAACCGAUGAUGUACGCUCGGGCGCCGCCGGCUGUGAACUAUAUGCCGAUGAUGUACCCUUACCCUUCUUCUUACCCACCAUACCCACCGCCACCGGAUCCCUACACGCACGCCUUUAGUGAUGAAAACACCUCCAGUUGCACUCUCAUGUGAUGAAUGUGCCUGCCUGCCUGCCUUCCUUAAAUUAAUAAUAAAUAAUAAUAAUAAUAGCUCUCUGUUAUUUAUUUUUAUUUACAAAAUCACAGGAUGAUAUGGGUUAAGAUCUCUCUCUCAAUAUUAUUAUUAUUAUCUCUUUGA